AUAUCGCGUUACUGUAAUACACUGUUUACACGGUUUGUUUAGGCAACAUUUUACGGGGUCAUUUCUGAAUGGGUUUCAUCGUGUUUGGCGCUGUUCGCGUCUCUGCUAACUGAAACAUUUGCCUGUUUCACUUCGCAUAGAAAACGAUCUGCUCCUCCUCCUUCAGUGAAGCUCCUCCCACUGCAAUUCACCAGUAAAUGCUGGAAUAUUCCCAUCAGCCUAAAAGUGAAGAUGAGCAUCAAACCAUCAGGAAGAGCUGAAAUCUGCAAGGACAGAGUUUAUUGAAGGACAGUGAGAACAUGAGAGAUCCAGAACACUGCAGAAUGAAACACACUGAAGAACAAAGAGACCUGAUACUGAAGAAUGAGGAGAGUGAAGAGGAGGAGAAACAACAUGAUAUCAAAACUGGAGAAAAAAAUCACUCACAGGCUGAAAGUAUUUCUUUACUGAAAAGAAGAGACAAGAAAUGUUUUACCUGCCGUCAGUGUGGAAAGAGUUUUACAUACAAAAGGAAUCUCAAGGUUCACAUGAGGGUCCACACUGGAGAGAAACUGUUCACAUGCGAUCAGUGCGGGAAGAGUUUCACACACAAAAAGAAUCUCAAGGUUCACAUGUGGAUCCACACUGGAGAGAGACCAUUCACAUGUGAUCAGUGUGGGAAGAGUUUUGUAGAACAAGGAACCCUUAAGACACACAUGAACAUCCACACUGGAGAGAAACUGCAUGAAUGUGAUCAAUGUGACAAAACGUUUUUGUGGGCUUCAGGCCUGAAGAAGCACCAGACAGUUCAUUUACAGGAGAAACCACAUUCAUGUUCUUUGUGUGGAAAAAGGUUUUAUCAUCUGCAAAAUGUAAAAGUUCAUCAGAAAAUACAUUCUGGUGAAAAGGUACAUGUGUGCUUUGAGUGUGGGAAGAGUUUUAUUAGAACUGCAGAUCUGAAUCGGCACCUGAGGAUUCACACUGGAGAGAAACCUUACAAGUGUUCACACUGCGACAAGAGAUUCAGUGAGUCAGGACAUCUGAAGAAACAUGAGAGGAUCCACACUGGCGAGAAACCUUACAAGUGUUCACACUGUGACCAAAGAUUCAAUCAGUCAGCACAUCUGAAAACACAUGAGAAGAUCCACACUGGAGAGAAACGGCCAGAAGUUGGCGAUAUCACUUUGUAGAGAUGCACUAUGCAUCUAUAGACUGAACACAUAAUACACAUGCGCAUGACGUCACCGUUUUCACUGAGUGUGCUCCACAAGUCCUGAAAAGUGAGGCCAAAUGUCUUGAUCACCCCCAGAUGGCUGGACCCAGUAUAGGUCAUAAACCCCGACCUCUCCAUGUAAACUAAACAAUGAAAUUACACUUCAAAUAAUUUUUUCCCAGAGAUGCGCUGCAUCCCAGUUCGCCUACUUAUACUACACCCUAUAAGUAUACCCUUUUUGUGAAAAAAAAAAAAUAAUAAUAAUUUUUGAGUGUAGCAGAAGAGUAGACAAACUUUGGGACAUACUAUCACGUCAUAAAAUAGCGUCUUUAAUGGUUGCUCUCUGUCGCUUAGUUACACGCAUUCUGUCACCGUAAACUGGCCUAUCAAUCAUCUUGUCACAGUUAAAAUCCUCCCCGAUUCAUUUCAUUUCAUUUCCUACCAUAUCGGAGAGAAAUGCAGUAGCAUGUUGAUUAAAACUGGAGCAGUCAGGCUACUUAAAAAAAAAGUUCAGGGGCGUGUGCUUGUGAUUGGUUCUGCGGGAGUAUGGGCGGGACCUUGAUACCACGGCUCCACGCUCACUACUGCGCAGAUUCUGGCUCUGAAACAAUAUAAUUAGUGCAAGAUGUCAGCGCCAUCUUGGGGCAUUGGCGGCUUCAGUUGUCUACAAUUGAAGAGAGUAAAGGUGCGUCGUGUCAGUGAAGCAGAAUGCAUGACCUGCAAAGCUGGCACGUACGUGUCAGUGUCAAAUAAAGGUGCUAGCGACCUAGAAGCCCACAUAAGCUCCGCAAAACACAAAAUUGCAGCUAAAGAAGAGAGUUUGUCAGGUAAAUUGACCCUUCGCCGGGAGUUUGAUUUGACAAGCGAUCUAACCAGUCUUAACGCAGAAUCCGCCAUUUUGUCCGACAAAGCAGUCAGGAGUUAGAAGAUUAACCUCGGUGGACUUGAACUUGAAAAGUGCUGUGUACUGACGUCUUUCUGCGUUUGAAACAACAUUCCUUCUGAUGUUCAUUCAUGUUUAUUUGAUGAUAUAAAUUAACUAGUAGGAAGAGAUGAUCGGUUCAUGAGCCGCUUGAGCUGAGGCGCUACAACAAUCUGUCAUGACACAUUAAAGAGACACAAAACGUUUUUUAUUUUUUUCGAAUUUCUUAAAAAAUUUCACAAUUUGAAAGCUGGGACUUUGUUUAAUAUCAUAAGUAACCUACUCUGUCUUGUCUGUCGACGUGUUGUCAUCCUCUUUGCUCCGCGAUGUAUUUUGAAAUCCGCGAUGAAAAGGGGUGCCAAUAGAUGAUGCAAAGUGCUUUGAUCAGGUCACCAACCUGAAGAAAUUCACAGAAAGGUGUAACAGUGAUGGAGAUUUCUUUGAUCUGCAAGCACACGAGAAGUGGACCAAAUAUUUUGAAAGGUCCAAAAGCAUAGAGUUUCAUUCAGAGCUACUGAAGAUUGCACAGUUUUUCUUUGCUGUUCCUUCUCACAAUACAAAUGUAGAGAGAGUUUUUUCAUUGAUGCAAAGCCAGUGGACAAAGGAAAGAAAUCACUUGUCUGUUGAGUCACUGAAGGGUAUUCUGUGUACACAAUACAACUAUAGACUUUCAUGCGUACUUGAUUGGUAACCCAGGACUGUUGGGAAAGAUUCGAUCUUCAGGAAAGUAUACCAGCGAAAUCAGAAUUUUUUUUAACUGAAAUUUUUUUUUAUGGCAACUAAUUUUAUUUUAACCUAUGGCCAUGAAAAGAAAUGGUGUAAUGUAAAAGGUGUUAAAAGCUAAACCUUUUGUUGUUGUUAUUCUAUUGUUGAGGGCCAUGAGUGAAAUGGAAAGGAUGUAUUACUUUAUGUAUUAAAGUUCAAUAACAUAAUUGCAUGGUUGUGAAUGCAUUUGUCAAGUCGCCCCCACUAUCCUCUUUUUUUGAAAACAAAAAUAUGGUCACCCUAGUUUACAUGGAGAUAAUAACUCUAUUGUUUUCAAAAAUUUGCACUUUGAACCCCGUUUUCUAAAGUUAGUGUUUUCAGGCACCCAAAACGCUAUUGUCAUGAAAAUGAACGGCCAGAAAACUUAAGUUUUUAGUUGAAAAUGGUGUCGUGUAAACAGCCUCAAAAUCUGUCCUAUCCAGCCACAAUGAGCGACAGGACAAAGAAACAUCAUCAAAAUUUGUGACAGUGAAUAAAGUUCAUCUUAAAGACCAGCAGUUUUAACUGUGAGAUUCACAUCAAAGCAUAGAUGGAAAAAAUUAUUCUUGAAUAUCAUUUUGCUUCAAGAUAUAAAUUAUAUCAUAAUGCUUUAUUAUGAGUUUUAUUUUGUUAAAUUUUAUUAUACUGCAUAUGAAUCACUUGUAGUUUGUUUACACUUAUGAAAAAAGUAGGUUUAUUUAUUUAUUUAAAACAACUAGUUAUUCUUCCACUUGUAGUGUAUUUAGAAAACUCAGAUGUAAGAUCUUUUCACUUUUAUUCUCUUGGGAUGCUUUGCUAUCUUGUUAGUCAAUAAAGAGAGAAAUGAA